UUCAUUUCGUGGAGAGAAGUAAUAUAGCAUAAAUACUCUUUAUCUUCCCUCAUCUCCUUACAAAUUCUUCGUCUGCAUCUUCUCUCCUUCAGAUACAGAGGGAGAAAGAUACAAAACCUUUUCACACGUCCUUCUUCUUCAGGUUGCGCGAUAAAAUGGGAGGUGGUGGUCGAAGCUCAGCUACUCUCAAGCAUCAAAACUCAAUUGAAAACCAUUCAAAGAAGAAGCGUGUCCCACAUGCAAAGCCACCCUUCACUCUAAGCCAACUGAAGAAGGCAAUUUCACCACAUUGCUUCCACCGUUCAACAUUCCGUUCAUUCUCCUACGUCCUCUAUGACCUAACCAUAGCCUCAUGCCUCUUCUAUGCCGCAGUAAAUUACAUCCCUACCCUUCCCCAUGAAAACCUCUCCCUCCUAGCAUGGCCUCUCUAUUGGUUCAUCCAAGGUUCCAUCCUAACCGGGGUUUGGGUCAUCGCACACGAAUGCGGCCACCACGCCUUUAGCGAUCACCAAUGGCUCGAUGACCUUGUUGGCCUAAUCCUCCACUCACUUCUCCUAGUGCCCUAUUUUUCAUGGAAAUAUAGCCACCGCCGCCACCACUCGAACACAGGAUCACUCGAACGUGAUGAAGUGUUUGUGCCAAAAACAAAGUCUAGUAUGGGUUGGUAUUCUAAAUACCUUAACAACUCGCCAGGGAGGGUUCUCACACUUGCUAUAACCCUAACCCUAGGUUGGCCUCUUUAUUUAGCUUUCAAUGUUUCGGGUAGGUCUUAUGAGAGAUUUGCAUGUCACUAUGACCCUUAUGGCCCCAUUUACUCAAACCGUGAAAGGCUUCAGAUUUAUGUAUCCGAUGCUGGGAUUCUUGCGGUGUGUUUUGGUCUCUACAAGGCUGUCUUGGCAAAAGGGCUUGUUUGGGUUGUUUGUGUUUAUGGGGUGCCUUUGUUGGUGGUUAAUGGGUUCUUGGUGUUGAUCACUUUCUUGCAACACACUCACCCUGCGGUUCCUCACUAUGAUUCCUCCGAGUGGGAUUGGUUGAGAGGUGCUUUGGCCACUGUGGAUAGAGAUUAUGGGAUUUUGAAUAAGGUUUUGCAUAACAUCACUGACACACACGUGGCACAUCACUUGUUUUCCACAAUGCCGCAUUAUCAUGCAAUGGAGGCUACUAAGGCUAUAAAACCAAUUUUGGGAGAGUAUUAUCACUUUGAUGAGACUCCUAUUUAUAAGGCAAUGUGGAGAGAGGCAAAGGAGUGCAUGUAUGUUGAGCCUGAUAAAGGGUCUAAUGGGAAAGGUGUUUAUUGGUACAAUAAUAAGUUGUAAACAUUAGAGCUAUUGAGUAUUGGUUGAGACUCGAGAGUUUAGAGUUUAGGUUUGUUAUGUACGAAUCUCUAAUGUUCCUUAUGGGUCUUAUAAAAUAAUUUCAUAAUCAGUGGUAGAAAAGGAGAAUGUAAUGAGUGUAUGCCUAUGUUGUUAUGCAUAUGGUGGGUUGAAAUCAGUUUAUGGCUUUCACUUAAUGGUUGGGAAGCUACUUGUA